AUGGUGUUUGUUACUGUCAAUGACUUUCAUUCCAUGUGCCAAAAGCAUUGUCACUACCUCUUGAAAAAAAGAGACCAUUCAAGCUCUUCCUUGGGCUCUGCAGAUUCUUUCUUCAAGGCUUCUCGUUCUGAAGUCUUGACUCUUUUUAUGAGAUCAAUGCUUUUGGCUUUGUUGUUUCUUUCAUUUACUUGGUUAAGUCUUCUGAAGUUUGAAACUGACGCAACCGCUGCAUCUAAGUCGGUGGAAUCUGACCACCAUGAGCUAUUGCCUUUGCUUCUGAAUGAUUUAGAGAAGGAAGGUCUCUUCAAGCUUGGAGAUAAAACACUCCUCCUAAGCGGAGGAGAUGAUGAGGUCACUGUUACUUCAUACUCUCAAACAGUUAUCGAAACCGAGAUGUUGUUUGUAUCUGCUAGCGAUGAGGAGACUCAGAGCAUGGUCCCAAGCGAGACCUUUGAUUUCGCAUUUGCACAUUCUCGUCACAUUGACUCUGCUGAAUUUCUAGACCGGGCUCUCAAAGUUGGCGGCAUCCUCACCGUCCAACUCAACCUCCAGGAUCUUCCUCCAAAUUUCUUGGAACAUUUAAACUACGAAAUAGUCUACAUGAAGAGCUCCGAGUACACGGUAAUGGCAAUGAGGAAAACAGGGGAAACAGAGAAGAAACAAGACACAGUUGCCACCGGGAGAAAGCUUCUGAGUAUCACAGAGGAAGAGGCCAAGAAAAAUGCUUUGAGUAAGCUAGAGGACGUUCUCCUUGAACCGCCAAGAGCAGCUUCAAGAAAAUCAAGAACCUACUUGAAACGGACAAGGUACCUCCCUGACCUUAUGGGAGACACUAUGGACCUUGGGAGCUACUCAAGGCGGGUAUUUAUCGAUGUGGGUAAUGGAAAAGGAAGCAGUGGAACAGAAUGGUUUGUUAAAAAUUACCCAACAAGAAAUCAGAAGUUUGAGAUGUACAAGAUUAAGACAGUGAACGAUGAUGAUAAGAGCCUAGAAUCUGAAAAUAUGGGGAUGACAGAGUGGCUCAAAGAGAAUGUGAAGGAGGGGGAAUACGUGGUGAUGAAAGCAGAGGCUGAAGUUGUGGAGGAGAUGAUGAGGAGCAAGUCUAUAAAAAUGGUGGAUGAGCUUUUCUUGGAAUGCAAACCAAAGGGUUUAGGGCUAAGGGCAAGGAAGAUGCAGAGUGAGAGUAGUAUGGCUUAUUGGGAGUGUUUGGCUCUAUAUGGAAAACUUAGAGAUGAAGGUGUUGCUGUGCACCAAUGGUGGGGUUGA